AUGGAAGCUACAUGUCUCUGCGGCACCAUAACCGUCACAAUCAACGAUUUGGAACUUUUUUCUCGUCCAAGGGGUCAUUUAUGUCAUUGUCAGAACUGUAAAAAGACUGCUUCUUCUGCAUUUGGAAGUAACUUCAUGAUCGAGACUGAGAAGGUGACGAUCGAAGGAGCCCAGAAUUUAAGCGUGUAUGAAGAUUAUGCUACCACGAGAGGAAAAUGCGUGAGGAGUAUUUUCGUAAAACAUGCGGGAACCCGAUUCAAUCAAUAG